AAGCAGCAUUCUUUGUUUCAGUGUUUAGCUGCUGUCGCAACUGGAAGGAAGUGCAGAAUACUGAUUAAAGAUGUCUGGCCGUGGAAAGAAAGCUGCACCCAAACCAAAAUCUCAUGUAUCCCGGUCUGCCAGAGCAGGGAUCACUUUCCCAGUGGGCCGUAUCCACAGGUUUCUAAAGAAGGGCCACUACGCCGAACGAGUUGGCAACGGCGCAGCAGUAUACUUCGGAGCCGUCCUGGAGUAUCUCUGCGCAGAAAUCCUGGAGCUGGCAGGAAAUGCCUGUCGUGACAACAAGAAGCACCGCAUCGCUCCUCGCCACAUCUUGUUGGCAGUGAAAAAUGACGAAGAGCUCAACAGACUGCUGGCAGGGGUCACGAUCUCGGAAGGUGGCGUCAUCCCGAAUAUCCAGGCAAGCCUUCUUCCCAAGAAGACUAAGGUGUCUAAGGAUGACAGCCCAGCCAAAGAUGUUGAGUCCCAAGAGUUUUAAUUGUGAAUGUACAAGUUUUUGCAAAUGUUAUAUA